AAUUUGUCCACACAAGACAAGUACUCGUUGCCAUGGGCGGCAAAGGCAAAGGCAAGGGUAAAGGUUGGGGGCCGCGGGUGCGGCAGACCAUCAGCAAGCCGACCUGGAAUGAGCACGAGUCGGCAGGACCCAGCACUGAGAAGAGCCAUCUGCCAAGCGGACAUGCGAUCUUGCUGGUCCAGUACUCCGGCACGGCCAGCAGCAAGACGUACUCGGAGCAUGGCAAUGUGAGCAGUGCUAUGGACGACAUUUGCCAGAUGUACGAGCAGGUCAUCAAGAUGGACACGCGCGGGCGGUCUCAAGCAAAGUACACGGUUGAGGACUUGUGGAGCUUCAUUGACCGCUUGGAGGAUAUCGCCUGUCUGGUCUAUGAAUCCAAGUCUGGCGAGUACCUUCCGCACAACCGGGAGUGGAUCAAGAAUCAGGUCCUGAGGCAUUUGAAGGGCCAAGUUGCAUAGGGACGCAGCUUUUGCUGUUGUGUUCCAGCCUGUGUAAGCCAGUUUGGCACGUCAAGGCCGACUUCGCGCCGAAGCGAACGACCGACAUGACACUGCUGUUUGUCAGCAAGCAACGCCCUGAUUGAACCAUGAAUGCAAUCAUGCGUUUUACUGUUGAGAAAAGGUCA